AAAAAAAGGAAAGUCUUCAACAUUCAUUACCUUCUCUCUCUCUUUAUAUAUUUAAAACAUCUUCUGAUCUCUCCUUAAAACAGAAAUCUCAACGACUAGAAGAAGGUCGACAUUAUAACAAAGAGACAUAUCGAUCAAUCUCCUUAAACGAUGUCUUGUUCCGUCGCCGUCUGCAAUUCUCCGGUUUUUUCUCCGUCGCCGUCUCUUUUCUGCAACAAACAUUCCAUCCUCUCUUCAUCUCCUUCCUCCGCCUCGGCGUCCCUCAACUCGCCGUUCCGUCUCCGUCUCCAGAAACCUCCGACAUGUCUCUCUCCCGCGUCGUCUACCGACCAAUCUCCUCCGGGAGGGGUUUUGAAACGCAAACGCCCGACGAGGCUUGACAUACCGAUCGUUACCACCGGUGAUUUCGUAGCUCCGACGUCGGAGCGUACGGCUGCGACGCCGAGGGAGGAGAGUAGAGAGGUGGAGAGGGAAGGCGAUGGUUAUUCUGUUUACUGCAAGAGAGGAAGGAGAGAAGCCAUGGAGGAUCGCUUCUCCGCGAUAACCAAUCUUCAAGGAGAUCGCAGACACGCGAUGUUCGGAGUUUACGAUGGUCACGGAGGAGUCGAAGCGGCUGAGUUUGCGGCCAAGAACUUAGACAAGAACGUUUUAGAAGCGGUAGCUGGUGGUAAUAAGAAGAGAGACGAGUCCGAGAUCGCAGACGCGGUGAAACGCGGUUACAUGACCACAGACGCUGCGUUUCUCAACGGGGAAAACGUUAAAGGCGGUUCAUGCUGCGUCACGGCUAUGUUCGACGACGGGAACCUCGUGGUCUCUAAUGUCGGCGAUUGUCGCGCUGUCAUGAGCGUAGGAGGCGUCGCGGAGGCUCUUUCUUCCGACCACCGUCCGUCUAGAGAUGAUGAACGGACAAGAAUUGAAACCACGGGCGGAUACGUUGAUACGUUUCACGGUGUUUGGAGGAUUCAGGGAUCUUUGGCUGUGUCAAGAGGGAUAGGUGAUGCUCAUCUCAAGAGAUGGGUUAUAGCCGAACCAGAGACAAAGAUGUUGAGAAUCGAGCAGGACCAUGAGUUCUUGAUCUUGGCAUCUGACGGUCUUUGGGACAAAGUUAGUAACCAAGAAGCAGUAGACAUUGCUCGUCCCUUCUGCCUAGGAACCGAGGAGAAGCCAUUGUUGGCCGCCUGUAAGAAGCUUGUUGAUCUCUCGGCUUCACGAGGCUCAUCGGAUGAUAUCAGUGUGAUGCUGAUCCCUUUGGACCAGUUCAUGUAGAAAGGAGAGAGAGAUACUUAGUUAUUUUAGAUAGAAAAUUUGGAGGGCUUCCGUCCAUCUAUAGCUUUAUUUAACUUCGAUAUAAUUCAUCUAUUCAUUCUUUCUAACUUAGUGAAGAGGAACCUGUAUGAAUCGAGCUUUUUUGGUCGAAUUUAAUCUAAUUAUUGCUUUCCUUAUC